AUGUAUGUUUCCUUCGUUACACGCGAACGUCCGUCUUCAAAUCUUCGGCCUAUUGUUCACUAUUGUGAAAAGAACUGUCUCGCUAUUGGUGAAACAACCACAUAUAAUGUCGGCAAUUGGCAUUGUUGGAUUCAUCAUAUUUACAUCAGAGGUCUCGAGCCCGGUAUGAAAUAUAAUUAUAAACUCGGCUUUAUCGAACCGGAUAAUGUCACUAUUCGUCAUCUGUACUCCAAUGAACAUUGGACAUUUCAAUAA